AUGCGUCUCUCUUUUCAAUUCACGCUACUGUUAUUGGCCAUCUCUUUUUCUACCAUCACUUCCGCACCUGCGGAACCGUCAUCUGCACUAGGAGUCGCUACUCCACCAGGGGGGGCCAAACCACUUGGAGGUGAAGACGCCAAAAAGACAGAGGGUGAAGCUGCUAAGAAGCCGGGCUUAGAGGGUAUUGGAUCGAAAACUUUAGGUGCCGAAAAAACUGAUGGUCCUGGAAAACUCGAGAGUAAAUCGAAAUCUGAGGGUACUGGAAAAUUUGAGUCAGGCGACUCAAUGUGUACAUGCCAAUGUUCAUGUAAACCAACAUGUAAAUCAGAACCCAAGCCAGAACCCAAGCCAGAACCCAAGCCAGAACCACCAAAGGCAGAACCACCAAAGCCAGACAUCAAAUCUCCCGAGGGAAGUUAUCCAUCCUCUGCUAUGGGUGGCUUUUCUGAGCUUGGAAGUCAAAUUCAAAUCACUUUCUUGGCAAUCAUGGUUACAAUAAUGACACUCUAUACCUGA